AUGUGGUGUUCUUAUAAAAAAAUCCCAAAGCAGUUCGUGAAUUCUGGAAUCGAAGAUUUGCCGAAUUUGUCAAAAGCGAUCCACUUACCUAUACAUUCCGCAAUGUUUUGGAUCCUUUCUACCCUAAACAUGUAUGUGAGUUCUAUUACACAUGAUAUGUUGAUAUUGUUGCUCGAACCAUCACUAGAACCAUUGGAGAUGGUCAAUAUAAGGUCACUAUUGAUCUGGAAUCUAUUUAAACUUCUCUUCGUCUUCCUCGAUUUGAGAGUUAAUCUGAAACUCCUUCUGAAGAAAGUUGUCAGACUUCAUGGGAUUAUCUUUCCUAUUCCUGCUCUUUCGUCGAAAAUUAUCAUUGAUUCCCCAUCUAAGGAUGAUAUGUCCAUUACUGCAAGGAUGCAAAAGUGGACUGAAGAGCCCUAUGUGGUUGAAUCCUCAAACUCUGAAGAGGAUAAUGAUGAUGAUGUUGGUGAUGAAGAAGAUAAUGAUUUAGAAGCUGAUUAUUAA